AGAAGAAAUUUACACAAUGGCGGCUCCCAUCUGACAUUUUACAUGAUGUGAUUUUCCUAACAUUUUUCUUGUUUCUUCCGCUAUUUGGUACAGUAUGCAGUCCUCCCGGACACCCGUAAAACCCGAAGUAUUCCAGGCGAUGCAGGACGUAAACAUCAAUGUUUUAAGUCGCUGCAAUGAACGGGAACUUCGGCCGGUUUUACCUUGCCUUGUUCGUAUGGCACUUUGCAAACCGCUUGAUGAAAGUUCUUCAUGGACCAAGUCUCGGAAAGAAGUGCUCAAAAUUCUUAAUGGAAUAGAAGUUGUCAACAGCAUUGUGGCGCUUCUCUCCAUUGACUUUAAUGCCCUGGAGCAGGAUGUCAUCAAGGAACAGCAACUAAGGUCGAAGUUUGGAGGAAGCCAGACUGAGAGCGUGUUGAUAUCUCAGCUCCAGAGUGGACCUGCGUUAGAGUUUGAGAGAAGUGAUCCAGCCCGAAGGAUUCGUUUGCUGCUAAGUGAACUGUUAUUUGUUAUGUCUCAGAUAAAGGAAACUCGAGCAGAAUUUUAUCAGAAGCAGUCUGAGCUAUUUGAAAGCCAUGCCUACCUGGAGGAGCUGUCAGACGUUUUGUGUAUAGCGCAAGCAGAGCUGCCGUCACUACUGCCGGUGGUCGAGGUCUCAGAAGCACUACUACAUGUCCCUAACGGAAGCUGGCUUCUGUGUCGACUCAUCAGUAAUGCUCCAGACUCCUUCAAGGAAGUAUGUGCAAGUUUGGUUGGACGAGGCGAAAGACAGGAAGAGGAGAGUCUAGGUGGGCGUCGCCGGAUGGAGCUUCUUCUCAGUCUGUGUGCCAUGAACCCUGGGGAGGCUUUUAACAUUCGUGCUCUGUGUGUUGAACACUGUACCAUGCCAGGCUUGGCUGUAUCGCUGUCCUUAAAGAUGAGUGAGCUCAAGAAGUCUGAUACCAUGGCAACCACAGACAGAACCAAUGAUAUGAUAGCUUUCAUCAGUGGCCUGUUGCUUGGUAACGAUAUACCAGUGAGGAGCUGGUUCUCGCUCUACAUAAAGGCUGGCCAAAAGAGAAAGCGUGAAUCAGCAACUUCCUCCCUCCACAGUCUGCGAUUGUGGCUUCUAGAGCGACUCAUCUCCAUCCUGCCCGACAGUGGUACUUCAAUGUCCGAGUCCAGUGUCAUCCAGGCCAGUGCUUUUGUCCGUCUGUAUUGUGCAUUGAAGGGCAUGGCCACACUCAGGUUCUCGGAGGAGGAGAUGAAAUUGUUAUUGCGUCUGGUGACAUCACGACCCCCACUUACUCCCGCUGGAGCCAGAUUUGUCUCCCUUGGUCUGUGUAUGUUGAUAGCAUGCCCAUACCUACUAGGAAGCCACGACCAGGAAAAGCAAGCCAUUGAAUGGAUUAGAUGGUUGAUGGGGGCGGAGAAAGAAUUUGAAAUGGAGGGAACUCAUGAUUGUUCCUUUGGUGAGAUGCUCUUUCUUAUUGCUAUACACUUCCACAAUAAUGCCACCCCAGCUAUCGCCGAUCUGGUGUGUAAUACCCUGGGAAUGAAGAGUGCAGUGAAAGCCAAUGCCUUGGCCAGAAUGAGACAGAUAUUCACACAAGAAAUUUUCACAGAACAGGUGAUAACAUCCCAUGCUGUGAAGGUUCCCGUCACCACAAACCUUAAUGCCAACAUGACAGGCUACCUACCCAUCAACAGUGUGUACCAACUUCUCCGAAGCCGAGCUUUUUCUAAACACAAGGUCAACAUUAAGGAUUGGAUUUAUCGUCAGAUACGAGUGAGUGCUUGCCCUCUCCACCCUCUCCUGCCCCUCCUGGUCGAGGUGUAUGUCAACUCCAUAGUGGUCAAGAGUACAAAAACUGACCACCUCAAUGAGCCAAUGAAUGAUGAGGAAGUGCUAGCUAUCUAUCAGGAAUCUGUGUUCCACACAGGAAAGGAUAAUCUUAUGGACACUGACGAGGACGGCGAUGGCGGUCGUGGAGGAAGUCUGACGCCCCAGUUAUUAAUGUUGUAUUAUAUUCUGUUAUAUGAGGACACUAUUCUCAACAGCAUGAAAAUCAUUGUGUCAUCGAACCGAGUGGUCAAAUCUUACCCGGACACGUUACUAUCACAGAUCCCCAUCAACUUCCUGUUACAACAGGCCCAAGUACAGCAACAUCAGUACGCCGGACUCUUCUCACCUCUUCUCAGAUUACUUGCCACUCACUACCCACAUCUGUGUGCUGUGGAAGACUGGCUGCAGGAAAUCAUGAUCCAGGACAAACAACAUAUGGAGUGGUCUCCCCUUAGUCACACUUCCUGUACUGUGGAAUCUCUUAACGCAGCCCUCCAGGAGGUCGAAUCUAAUCCCACCAAUGCAGUGGUACAGCUCCAGGCCCUACUGAGGAAGCCGAUAGCCAAUUUACUGCCGUUCUCUGAUACUCUUGUGGCGAGUUUGCCGGUGUUACUCAGCUCUGGAGUUCCGAGGCGCGUACAAGAUAUGGUGAAAACUGCCUGGUUUAAACUACACACCAUCAGUCCACGCAUGUUACGAUUGGCAACAGUUAACGCAAUGACAUCUAUUGAUGGAAAAUUCAGACGAAAUAGAUUCACCUACUCCGAGAAUGACAUAACAGUGGAUCCUCUCAUUGUUCUGAGAUGUAGCCCUAAGGUGUUCAGAUGUCCACCAAUUCUGGAAGUCAUGCUGCGGGUCCUUGAUGCAUAUGUCCAGGGAUGCCGUGUCUACCUACAGAAUCACAUGACCACAAAUCCGAUUCUUGACCACGCCAGUCAUAACGAGACGGAGCGGCGCGACCUCAAAAAUGCACUCAUCGCCGCGCAGGAGAGCGCUGUGGUACAGAUACUGCUUGAGUGCUGCCUCUCUCUACCAGAGGAACAGGAGGACCGAGGUCUGCUGAACAAUCGACGCGAAGUCCAGUGUAUCAUUUGUCCCUUCAUCCAUCAGAUGUUUAUCUCCGACCCAAACCUGGCAAAGCUUGUACAUUUCCAAGGAUACAGUGACGAGAUUCUCCCUGUAGCUGUGGCGGGAAUUCCUUCCAUGCACAUCUGUCUGGAUUUUGUACCAGAACUUCUUAGUCAACCACAGAUUGAGAAACAGAUCUUUGCCAUCAAAAUGACGUCCCAUCUUUGCUGUCACUAUGCAUUGCCAAAGUCUCUAAGUGUGGCCAAACUGGUGAUGAAUGUCAUGUUUACAAUGAUCGAAGUGCUUGACGGUCAACAACGUGCUGAAUUUCUCGUAGAGACAGUGCCAUGUCUGGUACGUGUGUGUCAGGCGUUUCCCCCGCUGUGCGAGGAUGCUACCACUCUCCUCGGACAAGUCGGGCGUAUCUGCAUUUCACACCUCACCUCCUCCAGCAACGUGCUAGGUUCGGAGCUCAUCGACCCGGACAGCAAACCAGGCCCCGCCUCCCAAAGUCAGAAGGACGGCCAUCAGGGAGGUCUCACUGCUCAGUAUCAAAAACUUUACAAAACUAUACAGACCACUUUCUCUGGUCUGGUGAGCAAAGCAUUGGUCACUCGCAACAUCUAUUCCUGAUGGUCAUCCAUUUCGGUCACUCGCCACAUCCAUACCUCAUUGUCACUGUUGUUAUGAAUGUAUUGUUGAAAUCAGUUGUUGAAAAUAAAUCUCUAAUUAUAUA